AUGAUAUCUAUUUAUAUCAAAUGGCGGUCUACAUUUUCACUAUCUAGAGAUUCGCAUUCAACUCCGUCUUUCUUUCUUUCUUUCUUUCUUUCUUUCUUUCUUUCAUUCAUUCAUUCUUUCUCUUUUUUAUUUUCUCUUUCGUUCCUUUUCUUUCCUUCUAGCUUUUUGCGUUUUCCUUCUUUUCAUUUUGUCUUUCUUUCUUUCUUUCUUUUUUCUUUCUUUCUUUCUUUCUUUCUUUCUUUCUCUUUUUUAUUUUCUCUUUCAUUCGUUUUCUUUCCUUCUAGCUUUUUGCGUUUUCUUUCUUUUCAUUUAGUCUUUCUUUCUUUCUUUCUUUCAUUUUUUCUUUCUUUCUUUCUUUCUUUCUUUCAUUCAUUGCUUCUUUCUUUCUCUCUUUCUUUCUUUAUUUCUUUCUUUCUUUCAUUCUUUCUUUCUUUCUUUCUUUCAUUCAUUCUUUCUUUCUUUCUCUUUUUUAUUUUCUUUCGUUCGUUUUCUUUCCUUCUAGCUUUUUGCGUUUUCCUUCUUUCCAUUGUCUUUCUUUCUUUCUUUCUUUCUUUCAUUCAUUCUUUCUUUCUCUUUUUUAUUUUCUCUUUCGUUCCUUUUCUUUCCUUCAAGCUUUUUGCGUUUUCCUUCUUUCCAUUUUGUCUUUCUUUCUUUCUUUCUUUCUUUCAUUCAUUCUUUCUUUCUCUUUUUAUUUUCUUUCGUUCUCUUUCUUUCUUUCUUUCUUUCUUUCUUUCUUUCUUUCUUUCUAAGAGAAUUUAUACAUUUCCCAAGUUAUUAUUCGAUUAUCUUUCUUUCUUUUCCAAUAAUCCUUCUCUUUUUCUUUUUGUCACUCUACCCCUCUUUCAACUACAUUCUUUCUCACAUUCCAUCGCUUUCCGCAUUAUCUUUCUUUCUUUUUUUUUUCUUUUUAAUUCUCCUUCUCUUUUAUCCUUUGUCAGUCUCUGUCUCUCUUUUUCUCCUCGCUUUCUCGCUUUAUCUUUCUUUCUUCCUUUCUUUCUUUCUUUCUUUAUUUCUGUUUUUUUAAUUCUCCUUCUCGUUUGCACUUUGUCAAACUCUCUCUCUCUUUAUCCUAUAUUAAUUCUCACUUUCUAUCCCUUUUCCGCUUUCUCUUUCUUUCUUUUUAUUUUCUUUCUUUCUUUCUUUCUUUCUUUCUUUCUUUCUGUCUUUCUUUCUAUCUGUCUUUCUUUCUUUCUUUCUUUCUGUUUUUUUAAUUCUCCUUUUUGUUUGCAUUUGUCAACCUCUCUCUCUCUCUCUCUUUAUUCUUUCUUUCUUUCUUUCUUUCUUUCUUUCUCCCAGAGACGGGAAAGAGAGGGAUUUCAAAGUUUUCUUUCUUUUACACUGGCCAUUCCCUUUCUUUCUAUCUAUCUAUCUAUCUAUCUAUCUAUCUAUCUAUCUCGGUCUGCUCGUAUCUAUCUAUCUAUCUAUCUAUCUAUCUAUCUAUCUAUAUCUCUUCAGUAUCUAUCUAUCUAUCUAUCUAUCUAUCUCAGUUUGUUCAUUCGAUGUCUCAGCCUGUUUCUAUCUAUCUAUCUAUCUAUCUAUCUAUCUAAUUUUGUUCAUUCGAUGUCUCAGCCGGUUUCUUUCUCUCUCUCUCUCUCUCUCUCUCUCUCUCUCUAUCUAUCUAUCUAUCUCACUUUAGUAAUGUGUAUCUAUGGAGGUAGCAAGCUAUGUAGCUAUCUCAGCCAGUUUCUAUCUAUCUAUCUAUCUAUCUAUCUAUCUAUCUAUCUAUCUAUCUAG